AGGACUGUCAAAAGAAAGAAAGUAAACAAAUACUUUGUUGACACUUGAAUAUUUAUUAUUAAAAUAAUUUUAAUAGUUAUUAGUUGUCUUGUUAAUUGUUAAAAUAUUAUUAUGAAUUAUUUGGAAGAAUCAGAUAGUGAAGAUGAACUACCACCAGGUUGGGAAGAGAGAGUAACAUUAGAUGGAAAUGUUUAUUAUGCAAAUCAUUACAAACAAGCAACACAAUGGAUACAUCCACGUUCUGGUAGAAAAAAAAUUGUAUCAGGAGAUUUACCUGCUGACUGGGAAAAACAAAUUUCUGAUGAUGGAAAAAUAAUUUAUAUUAAUCAUACAAAUAACAUAACAACAUAUACUGAUCCACGUUUAGCAUUUGCAAGUGAAUACAUGGAAACAUCACAACCAACAAGACAAAGAUUUGAUGGAAGUAGUACUGCAAUGAGUGUAUUACAUGGACAAGAUUUACGUGGAAAAUAUGCACUUAUUACUGGAGCUAAUUCUGGAAUAGGUUUUGAAACAGCAAGAUCACUUGCAUUACAUGGCUGUACAGUUAUUUUAGCAUGUAGAGAUAUAAAAAAAGCUAAAGAUGCUAUUAAAAAAAUUAAAAAUGAAAAUAACACAACAAUUUGUGAAAUACUUGAAUGUGAUUUAUCAUCACUUAAUAGUGUUAAAAAUGCUGCUGAUAAUUUUAAAUAUCGUUUUAAAACACUUGAUAUAUUAAUAUUAAAUGCUGGUGUAUUUUAUCCACCUUAUACAUUAACUGUUGAUGGUUAUGAAUUGACAUAUCAAGUUAAUUAUUUAUCACAAUUUUACUUGACACUAUUACUUGAUCAUCCACUUAGAAAUUCUGAUAAACCAAGAAUUGUUAUUGUUUCAAGUGAAUCACACAGAUUUUCAUCAAUAACAAGUGUUGAUGAUUUACAACAAUUUAAAUUAUCACCAACAGCAUCAAAUUAUUGGCCAAUGAGUGCUUAUAAUAAUUCAAAACAUAUGAAUUUAUUAUUCUGCCAUGAAUUAUCAAGACGUUGGCAACACAUAACAGUAUUAUGUUGUCAUCCAGGAAAUUUAGUUUAUUCAAAUAUUGCAAGAUACUCAUGGUUAUUAAAAUUAUUAUUUUUAAUAGUUAAACCAUUUACAAAAAGUCUUCAACAAGCAGCAAGUACAAGUGUUUAUUGUGCAACAGCUCAAGAAUUAGAAGGAAAUAGUGGUUUGUAUUUUAAUAAUUGUCAUCAAUGUGAUCCAUCAAAUUAUGCACUUGAUAAUUUAUUAUCAACAAAAUUAUGGACAAUUAGUCAAGAAAUGAUUUUAAAUAUUAUGAAAAAAGAUAAAUAUACAAAUGAACUUGAUUUUAAUUAA